UCGCGGUUUAAAUAAUCCAUGAUGGAUGCAUUUCAUCAUUCCAGUCACGUUCUCCGAUAAGUAAGCAUAGAAACUUCAUAAACUGAUAACAUGGAUAUGGAAAUUCAAGAUCAUCAGAUGAACAUUCAGACCACUGUAACGCCAACACCCCAAGAGUUCAUUUCACUUCACGGCUGGAUGCUCUCUCAACUUAAUCUGAAGAAGGUUAUUUCAUCGGAGUUCUCCGCCGAACAAAAUUGCAAAAACGUCCUGCAGUGUAUCGAUAAUUUUUCUUGGCCAUCGGAUAAGAAAGAAAACAUCAAGAACAAAUAUGUCCAAUUGAUGGCGAAGCCCUGUCUUACAUCAGCGGAAUCAUCAUCGAAUUUAGAACAAGAAUUACCGAAAGAAAACGUUAAGUCGGAUAACAAAAUCGUUAAAAAGUCUACCAAAUCCACCAAGCGACGGUUUAAGCUCUACGUGAACAGUGAGUUCUCUUGCCAACCAUGUGCCAGAAAUUUCGCAUCCAGGGCCGGAUACACCCAGCACUGCAAGGCACAUCACUCGGGAUCAUUUGACCAUCGAUGCGGUAAAUGCGGAAGGCGAUUCCAUACGGAGGCUAAGGCGAAGCUGCAUGAGAGGCUGCACAGCAUGAAAGACAAACCCUUCAAAUGUAGCAAAUGUACAAAACAGUUCAUCUACAUUCAGGAUUUGAGGCGCCACGGAUUGAAACAACACGGCGAAGGGGGUCGUUAUGUUUGUAAGGUUUGUGGGCUUAAGUGCAUCAGGUCGGAUGCUUUGGCGCUGCACGAAUUUAGCCAUACUAAGAAGACGGGAUAAUAAUUUUAGGUUAUUUUUACAUAUUUAUU